AUGGUCUAAAUGAUAGACCUAAAAAAUAAGUAGACAAGGCAUGUCGCCUUUUUUGAGAAAGAUACAAACACUUUGAUUAUGAUGCCACAAUCGAUGUAUAGGAAAUAUAUUCAGAAUUGGGAAAUCAGGAAAUAUUACUUUAAACAGUGUAGAAUUAUUAAAAUUAUUAUUCUAGAACAUUUAUUUAACGAAAUAAAUCCUAAAAUAAAAUGCAUAUAAAUAAAAUUAUUCCAAAUGUCAUUCUACCCAGGAUUCUACCCAUCAUACACACAACCCCUUGCAGCAUCCUUUGCAGCCCCUCUUGCUUAUCCUUAAGCCUCAAUUGUUAGACCUGUUGCAACCACUCCAAUUUAUACAGCUCCCGCCCCUAUUUACACCGCUCCUGCCCCAGUUGUCACUCAAUCUGUAGUCUAACCAGUGGUUUAAUCAGUCGUGCAACCAGUCGUUGCAGCUUAACCAGCAAUCAAAGGAGAAUCCAGAGUUGAGUAUAGAGAGUAUCAAAGACCAGUCGUUGAGUAUGAGACUGAGACCAUUGAGGUUAAGAAGCCAGUGACAAAAUAUGUUACAGAUUAUUACCCUGUAGAAUAUCAAACAGACUACAUUCCAAGAACAGUCUACGAAACAUAAACAGAAUAUGUACCUGUGUAAAAAACAGUUCCUAGAGUUGAAUAUGAAGCAGUCGAGAGAGAGGUCUAAAGAGUUGUAAGAAGUAUUUGUGAAAUAUUAGCCUGCCGCCCCUGUUCAAUAUGCUCCUGCUCCUUUGACUUAUUCAGUUGUAUAGCCAGUUCAAUCAGUUGUCACCCAACCUGUUGCUUAAUAUACAACUCCCUUGACAUAUUCCACAGUGAGACCAGCUUAUGGAUAUCCCUAUUAUUAUUGAUUGGCUAGAGUCUUAUAUAAAAAUCC